AUGCAGCGAAGAUCGGCGGAGAGCUCAAACGGGCAUCCGUUAGAUCGACAAUUGCGUGCAAGUAGCGAGGAGGAAGAGGAGCAUCGCUCGCAGGAGGUCGGGGCGUUUUCUACGGUAGACCGGAGCGUCGAGGUGGAAAAUGCCGCGAAAGAGACUACGAGCCGCCCGGCCAGUGGAAGGAGACCCACAAACAGUAGCCGCACCACCAGGCCCAAGCCGGACCCCCACGACGCGGACGUCAGGUCGCCGGCCACUAAAGCUGCUGAUUUCCGAAGGUACUCCGUGCCGGACGACUCGUUCAACAAGUCCAUGGGACUGGACAGCGAGACCUCCGACAGCGAGGACAGCGAGGACGUCGACGUCCAAAAGAUAGCAAGAAUGAAGCUGGCCGAUUACUACGACUCGAAACAGUUUGAGGAUCUCAACGUGUCGGCCGAAGUGAAGGAGCUGUUUCAAAACAUCACGAGGUACACGCCGCAAAAGAUGGACCUCCAGUACAAGCUCAUCCCACUGAUCCCGGACUACAUCCCAGCAGUGGGUGACAUAGACGCGUUCCUCAAGGUGCCCAGACCCGACGAGGCUCCGGACAAGUUGGGUCUCGCGGUCCUGGACGAGCCGGCGGCCGACCAGUCCGAGCCGGCGGUCCUCCACCUCCAGCUGCGCAGCCGGAGCCGCAGCGCGGUCAGUAGCUCCAAGGCGUCGGUGGUGAAGCGACUCGAGGACGCCUCGAGGCAGGGCAGGCUGAUCGACAAGUGGAUCGACGACAUGAACCAGCUGCACCGCAGCAAACACCCCCCGGCUGUGCAGCUGACCAACAGGUACCCGAGCCCGGACGCCCUGCUGGAGCCCUGGCCGCUCGAGAUCGAAGACAAGCUCAAUCUCGUCCACGCCCCGAAUCUUCUUCAACUGGACCUCGAUCUUUUGCAGCUCGUCGACGUCAUUUGCGCCGUACUGGACAUUCCGGUUUACGGGGACAACAAAAUUGAAGCGCUGCACGUGCUCUUUGCUCUGUACACCGAGGUUCACAACAUCGACGUGCAAAAAAUACACGCGUAGGGAUAGCUUUGGGUUCACCGGGAUAAUAAAAAACAC